UAAAGUAAAUCAAUGGCUACAUUACAAGUCUAAUAUAAAUAAAAUGAAAUAGCCUUUUAUUUUGAAUAGCUUUUGGUUACAUGAGUGUUGUGUUUGUUUUGAUUGAUUAUAUUAUGUUCCGCUGUUCAAAGUGUCUUCUGGCAUAGGCCUCCUCCAGCUGCUUCCACUGCACCCUGUCAGCCGCAACUCUGGUCCAGCGUGGCCCCAGGGUUAGGCGGAUGUCGUCCUCUCACCUUCUUAUUGGACAUCCACGUUGUCUGGUACUGUCUCUUGGGUACCAGAGUGUCACCUGCUUGCUCCAUUUAUCGGUUGUGCAGCGCAACAUGUGUCCCGUCCAACACCAUUUCAAGUGGUUGAUUCUAAUGAGAACAUCAGCGAGCUUUGUCCUAUGUUUUAUCUCACUUGAGGUGAUCCUGUCCGUUAGUCUUAUACCCAAAAUACUUCUUUCCAUUGCCCUCUGACACUUAGCUAUCUUUUCUCUAUGUUUUUGUGUCAGGGACCAAGUUUCGCUUCAGUAUGUUAUACAAGGGAGUAUAGACGUAUUAAAGGAUCUCCUCUUAAUGGACAUAUUUAUUUCUUUGCUUUUCAUUAUUUCCUUUAGUGACCAGUAUUUUCUCCACCCACUAGCGAUUCUCUUGAUUACAUUUUUGACAUUUGGUCUACAGGAGCAAUUAUCUGACCCAAAUACACAUUCUUGUACACACUCGAGCUUAUUUCCAUCCAGAACUAUAUCAACCUCUUUUGAGUUAGUCAUUAGUUUUGUUUUUGCAGUAUUCAUUAAAAGGCCUACUUCUUUACUUUUACUGGCUAAAGAACAAGUCUAAUAUAAGCAUGUAGAAUAAUACAUAGCUACUAAUAUGUAUAAGCAUAUAAUACUAACACCAUCUUUUCAUUUCAGGUACAGAAAAUGUCCUGCACGAAUUUCCAAAUCCCUCAAAACAUUUGGAUCGAUUCAGAAACUGGAUUAACGGUAUUGGCGGGAACACUUUGAAUUUUAGCAAUGAAUUCAUUUAUAAGAAUCGAAGAGUCUGUCGUAUCCAUUUUGAAAAGAAAUAUCAUUGCCGCAAUAAUAGGCUCAGUAACAUAGCUGUGCCAACUAUUAACAUGCCAUGUUUAGGAGAUCAGAGGCCUUUAAGACAAACACAUAAUUUGCCUGUCAGUAAUUUUUCUGCCUCAGAAGAAAUACUCAUUGAGCCUGUGAGUCAAUUGUCAUCAAUGCAUUGUGAUGUUUUGAGCCAAGGAAAAGAAAAUAAUGAACCAAGCUCCACACAUACUCUGGAACACAAAUCAGCCCCAGAUGCUCUAGAAAUGAUGAAUACAAACCAACAGAACGUAAAUACUAAGAAGAGAAAAGUCAUUUCGAAAGUGAAAAAGCAUUGUGUGAAGAUGACCAAAUCGGAACAAGAGUUGUAUAAAAAAUUAACAUCUGUGCAAAGAAAACUUUCUUUGUGCAAAAACAGACUAUCUAACAAUGCUAAGCAAUUGAAAGUAGCAAAAAAACUUAGUAGCAAUCCAGAAUUUUUAAAAAUAAUGGAGAGUGUCCCAGCAUCUGCUAAAAUUUUGCUCAUGCUACAAUUUCGUGAGCAGGGAAAGAAGGCGAAGGGAAGACGCUUUAAUAUACAAGAAAAAAUAUUGUCACUUACUAUUUUAAAACAAAGCCCUAAAGCAUACAGAUUUAUUAGAAAGAUUUUCACAUUGCCAGCACCCCAAACCCUGAGGAAAUUAUUGACUAGAGCGAAUAUAAAACCGGGAAUAAAUAAGAAGAUAUUCAUGCAAUUGAAAUCAAAAUCGGCAGAAAUGAAAUCAGCAAACGAAAAAUUGUGUCUUUUAAUCUUUGACGAAAUGUCUCUUAAGACAAAUGUGACAUAUAAUGAACGAAAAGAUACCAUAACUGGCUUUGUGACAAAUGGAACUGAGACAAAACCACUUUAUGCAAAUCACGCCCAAGUGUUCAUGAUUAGAGGUCUGCAUAGAAAUUAUAAGCAACCUGUGUCAUACACAUUUUCUGCUGGGGCAACAAAGGGACCAGAACUUGCCAGGUGA